AUGUUAACACAAUCACCUGUUCAAGAAACUUCAUUAAAUUAUCAACAUAUAAAUUCAACAACAAAACGACAACUUUCAUCAUUUCCUACUACAAAUCAACAAUCUUUAUCAACAACACAUCAAGGAAUUACUACAGCAUCAUCUAAUUUAAUAGAUAUACAACAACAACAAAAUCAAUCUAUCCCAUCUAAAGAUCAUCCAUUAAAUGAUGCAGAGAUUACAUUGAAUAAAAUUAAAUCACCUUCUGGUAUUCCUCGACUAUUCUCUUUGAAUGAUUCGAUUACUAACAGAUUGAAUAAUAAUAAUAAUAAUGGUAGUAAAAGUAAUAACAAUAAUAAUUCAUCUCCAACUAAUUCACCAACCAAUUCAUCCAAUGGUAAUGCUUGUAACACUAAUAAUAAUACAAUCAAUUAUACAACUACUAAUACUAAUAAUAAUCAUAAUCAUAAUUCAAUGUAUUCAAACAAUAUCUCAACAAAUCAUUCAAUAUUACAAUCCAAUUCAUCUUAUACACAAAAAUAUCAAUCAACAUUUAACAAUACAUUAUCAUCACCAAAUGGUGGUUCUGGUAGUCAACGUGUUAGUCGACCACGUACGAUUAAUACAACACAACCAGUGAAUAGACAAGAUCGAACAAUGUCUGAAUAUCCUCAUAAGUCAGUUGAUACAGAGUCGGAUACAUCAAGUGUAUUCUCUAGCAGUGGCCCACCAAGACCAAUCUCUUCAAAAAUCGGAUCACUUCAAAAUGCAAAACAUAAACCAGGAGGGGGAAAUGUACAAAUUUUCAAUGAAAAAGUAACCGUGAAUACAGUUACUGGGAAAUGUAAUUCAUUAGCUAAUGUCAAACAUAAACCAGGUGGGGGAAAUCUACAAAUUAUUGAUCAGAAACUUGAUUUUUCAUCUAAUACACAAUCGAAAGUUCGAUCUUUUCAAAACAUUAAACAUGUUCCUGGUGGAGGUGAUAAAAAGAUAUCUAUUGAAAAAUUAGAUUUCAAAGAGAAAGCUUCACCAAAAGUUGGAUCACUUGCUAAUGUGAAACAUAAUCCAUCGGGUGGUGAUGUAAAAAUUUUCAAUGAACAUCUUCCUUGGUUAAAAUAUAAUAAACCAAAUUUACCAGAUUCAGAAAAAGAUCGAAUUAAUAAACGAUCUAAUAAUAAUAAUAAUAAUCAUAGCAGUAAUAGUAGUACAAAUAUGAAUGAUCCAAUGAAUACAUCCAUGAUAUCAAGCAGUACAACAGGACAUUAA